GGCUGCGAUCGAUUCCCAGACCCCCGAUUGGACUGGAGGCGCACUAGCGUCGCGUCGCCCCCUUUCCCACCCCGCCGUGUCUGGCCACCUAGCCGCGCUCCCAGCCCCAGCCCCAGCCCCACGUACCCCGCACGCCAACAAGACGGGCUCCGGCUCCCCACCGUCGCCUCUGUUCGACAGCUGCUCCGACGCCAGCCCUCUCCAACGUCUGAAAGGAACCGCUGCGACGGCCGGGCGCGCGCGCGUGGCGAGAUGACGUGAACGCCUCCGCGAAAAAGGGUUCGCCGUCUGCAGAUAGACGCGGCGCCCCCCGUUCACCUGCUUAUUUAUUGCUGCGGUGGCCGGUGAGGCGAGGGUCGCCACAGCUGCUGUUCGGAGAGCACAAAGCCAGUCCAGUCCAGUCCGGUCCAGGUCCAGAGCGUUACUGCUGCUAUCCGGCACGCACGCAUCGGGGAUCAGGCACAGGGAAAGUGCCUGGCCUGGCCACAAGAAGAUACUCAACGUCGUCGGAGAUCCGGGGAUGGAAGAAGCAGACGGGAGUGAAAGAGGAGGCAUCCGCUCCGCGCUGCCUCUGGGCUCGCUCAUCGCUCCUUCCGGGGACGAGCGACCACGUGUCCGGCCCUAACUAAUCUUCACAGGUGGAGCUCCCGGAGCUAGAGGGCAAGGUCAUCGGCCUGUACUUCGCGGCGAACUGGUACCCCAAGUGCGAGGCCUUCACGCCGGCGCUGGCCGCCGCGUACCAGCAGCUCAGGGCGCGCGGCGCCGGCUUCGAGGUCGUCUUCGUGUCGUGCGACGAGGACCGGCCGUCCUUCGAGCGCUUCCACCGCGCCAUGCCGUGGCCCGCCGUGCCCUUCGGCGACCUCCCGUGCAAGAAGAGCCUCAGCGACAUGUUCCAGGUCGAGGGCAUCCCGCGCCUCGUGGUGCUCGCCCCGGGCGGCGCCGAGGUCGUCUGCCCCGACGCCGUCGAGCUCGUGCACCGCUACGGCGACCCGGCGUUCCCGUUCACGCCGGCCAGGGUGGCGGAGCUGGAGGCCGACGAGCGGAGCAAGUUCGCCUCCCAGACGCUCGAGAAGCUCUUCUCCGUCGGCCACGUCAAGAACGGCAGCAAUGAACAGCUGCUGGCCUCACCGUGGCUAAGGGCUGCAGGUUCCCAUCGCGAGCCUGGUGGGGAAGACGGUGGGGCUCUACUUCUCGGCGCACGGGUGCGAGCCGUGCGUCAAGUUCACCGCGAGGCUGGCCGCCAUCUACGGCAACCUGAAGGGCAGGUCGCAGGAAUUCGAGGUGGUGUACAUCCCCAUGGACAAGGACGAGGACGGGUACGAGCGGUCGCGCGGCGACAUGCCGUGGCUGGCGCUGCCGUACGACGGCGCGCCGUCGCGGGAGCUGGCCAGGUACUUCGACGUGCGGGAGAUCCCGACGCUGGUGGUGAUCGGGCCGGACGGCAAGACGGUGACCAGGGACGGGAGGAACCUGGUGAACCUCUACUUCGACAUGGCGUUCCCGUUCACGGAGGAGCAGGUGAGGCUGCUGCAGGAGCUGGAGGACGAGCAGGCCAAGGGGUACGCGCCGUCGCUGCGCCACGCCGGGCACCGGCACGAGCUGAGCGUCGUCUCGGAGAAGUCGGGCGGAGGGCCGUACGUCUGCUGCGAGUGCGACGAGCAGGGGCUCGGCUGGGCGUACCAGUGCAUCGCCUGCGGCUACGAGAUACACCUCCGGUGCGGCCGGGACGUGGAAGACGGCGGCGCCGUGGGAGCUGGUCAGUAGGCCGGAGUACGGGACAGUCUUAUAUACCAUUAAACUGAAUGCUGUGUGUGCGUGCUCUGGGAAAUGUCAUGUUGCUAUUGUCAGGUCCGAUGAUGGUACUAGAACAGACGAGAAAUGCCCGGUGUGGACUGGCUCUUGGCAAGUCUGAUGAUAGUAGAAUAGACGAGAAAUGCGCAGUGUAGCUUGGUUACGGCUGGCUGGCUGCAACAGAAAAGCAUCGCUGAAUGUGGGCUUCUACUUGUUGUGGUUUUGUAAUGCUCCGAGACCAACGCGCCAGGUGUCUUUCGGUUAUUCGCUGUUAUUAUUUUGUUAUUUUCUUGCGUGUUGCAUCUUGUCA